CUUCGCAGAUACGAAAUCAUCUCCAUUGUCGGGGAAGGGGCAUACGGAGUAGUUCUCAAAUGUAGAAACAAGGAGACAGGAGAAAUCGUCGCCGUUAAGAAAUUCAAGGAGAGCGACGAGGAUGAGAUCGUGCGCAAGACUACUUUACGGGAGGUCAAAAUGCUCCGCGCAUUGCGCCAGGAGAACAUCGUUAACCUGAAAGAGGCAUUCCGACGGAAGCAGAAACUUUAUCUGGUCUUCGAAUACGUGGAACACAACCUCCUGGAGAUACUUGAGGAGCACCCGGGGGGCUUGGAGCCCGAGCAGGUGCGGAAUUACGUCUACCAACUCGUAAAAGCAGUAGGCUGGUGCCACCAGCACAACAUUGUACAUCGGGACAUCAAGCCCGAGAAUUUGUUGAUCAGCCCGAGCACCCCGGGCGGCGUUGGGAAGCUCAAGCUGUGCGAUUUUGGCUUUGCCCGCCAGCUGCCCCCUCCGGAUGUGUCCAUUACCGACUACGUUUCCACUCGGUGGUAUCGGGCCCCCGAGCUGCUGCUGGGUUCCACGCACUACGGCAAGGAGGUGGACUUGUGGGCGAUAGGAUGUAUCAUGGCGGAGCUGCUUGACGGGCAGCCGCUAUUCCCAGGGGAAAGCGACAUCGACCAGCUGUACAUCCUGCAGCGACUAUUGGGGCCCUUGACGCGCGAGCAGCACGAGCUGUUCCUCCGAAACCCGCGUUUCAACGGCCUCAAGUUCCCGGACAUGCGCAAUCCGGAAACGUUGGAACGCAAAUAUGCGGGAAGGCUGCCCCACGAUGCGCUCUCGUUUAUAAAGGGGCUUAUGGCGGUAGACCCGGCUCAGCGCCUCACGUGCAGCCAAGCCCUGGCGCACCCCUACCUCGCGGCGCUGGAGGAGAAGCAGCUGGGGGCCGCGGCUGCGGCGGCCGCAGCCGGUGCCGGCCGGGUGACGUCGGGCGGCGCGGCGGAGACAUCUUCUGGGCGGGGCCCCGGGCGUAAGGCCUCUUUGCAGAUGGGGGGCAGCAGCGGGGGCGCUCCCGGAGGGGAUCCCAUGGAUGAGGAUAUGCCCUCGCCGCCAGCCACCAGGUGCGAUGGAUAG